AUGGAUGACGAAAAUCCUACCACUUGUCUCUCAUCUGAUCCUCAUGAUGAUCAUAUCAAGGACCAUUUAAUUCAUUUCUUAGGUUGUUUAGAGGUGUCUGAACGCUACGGCUUUCUCAACAACGAUGAUACGGUUUUGUGGAAGAAAGAACUCAAACACCAGCAUAAAAUUCUUGGUGGUGGCGUCGAGAAGCCAGAAAUGCUUGAAGAGGCUAAAAUCCAAACCAAAAGGAUAAGAGAACGAUGGAAAUCUGAUUGCCAGAGUGAGCUACGCCGCAUUGAUUUCUUACGACAGAAGUUGGAGGAAGAUAUUGGGGGAGACAGUCAUCUAGUUAAGGAGGUGGAGAAGAGCGGGAAAACUUGGAGGGCAUCCACGGAAUUCAAGGAUGGCAUCAAGAACGUGAGAGCGUGGAAGAAAAUUGACUCAAAAUCUCAACCAAAUGCAGAGAACCUGUACGAUGUCAAAGACGUCGACUGGAUGUCCAGCAAGUACGAAAGCGAAAAAGACAUCAACGUUCCCUUCAUGUACCUUGUUAGGACAGACCCAGCAGACGUGAAUUUGACCAAGGCGAAUGAGGAAAUCAAGGAUGGCAUUCCCAUCUGGGGAGAGUUUCCGGAUCAAAAGACUACAGUGCAUCAUCUACUUGACAAGAGCCUGGGUGAACACAACUUACUAUCACGGGAGAGAUUGCCUGAAGGAGUCAAGUAUUUUCAUUUGCCUUCGAAUAAUAUGGAGUGGGUUGAGGAAGCUAUCGCCAGAUAUUACGUCCAGGAAAGACCAAACUUUCAUGCAAGUAGACGUGAGGUGCAGCGCCAAGCCAGAUCAGAGGCUGCUCUUAUUCUCCGAGAAUCACAUUGGAGAGGACAGUUCCAUGGGGGACGUAACACGACUAACUCCAGAUUUAUGCGACCAUUUUGUGAGGCAGUAUCCUCAUCCACCAAUCCCAAGGAGGCAGAAUUGGUCCCUCAGAAUCUGGUCUUGUUCAUGCCAUACCUUCAUUGGGAAACAUCACGGAAUAGAGCGCGGUUUGCUGUAAUUAUCGACGACGUCGUUGAGAAGAAAAGAAAAAAUAGGCGCGAGACCGAAGCUCAGGACAAAGUUGCACGACAGAAGACUAGGGAGGGUUUGAAAAGACCAACACCAAAGCCCGUUAAGGAACAUAGCAAUAGGUUUCAGAGACUCAGUAAACUGUUCUAUAUUGUUCUUGAGAAGAUUGGCGGAAAGAACCAUAAUGAGAAUGUGCAUCAAACUGGGGGUGAAAGUGGCCAAACGCCAUUGCGAGUAUCGACAAUGAACACUCUACUGCGAAAUUUGGAUCUUCCCAGGAGCCAAAUCAAAAUUGAUGGAAAAAGAAGAGUUACAAUUCCACAAAGUAAGCUUGGCCAAUAUCUCAUCGACGCGGCCCGACUGUACGAAGGAAUGGCCAGCUAUCGCGACAAGAAAUUGCUGGAAAGCUAUCUCACGAAUGAUCCUCCUCUGCAUCCCCGCAGGACUCUUGAUCAAGCCUACUACUGGUCUCUUCGAACUACUCAGAAAAGAGAUAAAGAUCAGGUGGUUUACCGUCAUACAACGCCAGAUCAGGGUUCAUUUCAUACCUACAAUAAUGAAAAAGUGGAGUGGGAACACCACGAUCGACUACCCGAAAAUCAAUCUUGUGAGAGCUGCACUACCAGCAUCAGGAAGGUAUCGCGCGUAGUCAUGGUAGAUCAAUUGUGGAUGUGGAUACUGGACUCGAAGACAAUCAUCACUUGCUUUCCAAAACGAUAUGGAGCCAACAAGCACGACUCGUCGGGAGUACAUAAAUCUGUGCGUCUCCGGAUUGGAGAAGGCCGGUACAAGCAUGUUAAGUCGAUUUAUGACCUCGCUCUGAUCGUGUUCGAAGAAUGCAGCAAUACCUUUUUCGACAGGACAAGAACUUCAGAUAAACAGCCGCAGGUCCUUGAUGCAUUCUCAGAAGCUAUCGGAAACAUUAUGCACAAGCAAACAGAGGGGUUUGAACGCCUUUGGCAAUGGACUGAGGACGCUAGAAUGUACUAUCGUUCACCGCACGAUCGGCCACCAUCCGAUAUCCAUGUCACACUGCUAGACAUCAAGCCUGAAGGCGAACUCGAAAAGGAGAUAAAGGACAUCGUCGAAGAGCUUGGUAUCAUGAUCUAUGUGAACAAGGAGCAUAGAGACGUGUUGAAACAAUUCGUCACACAUGUUACCCACAUUCUUGACCCUCUUGACCAGUUUCAAACCUCAUUAAACGACAGCAGUUUGUUUCGAAGCGCAGUUGACGCUCGAAAAACUCCGAACGAAACACCCUUCGGGUCUCCUUACAUCGAGAUUAAAGAUCCUAUGGCAUCUGUCGAAGAGCGCAGGACGGCUGCAGAGAUGUUCAAGAAGAAGCGCGACACGUAUAAGUGGUUCAAAGUCAACGCGGACGAGUUACUCAUUAGAGUUAAUGGCCGCAUUGAGCAGCUGGAAGAGCUUGAACGAAGCGCCAACGCCACCGCCAGUAGUGUCAAGGAUCUCUUGGAUCUAAAAAGCCAGCAAGCAGGCGUUUUCCAAGCUUGGCAGGCCAUGAAACAAUCAGAAGAAACGACAAGGCAAGGAACUUCAAUCAUGAUCUUUACCGUUGUCACGAUUGUUUUCUUACCUCUGUCAUUCAUGUCGAGUGUGUUCGGUAUGAAUGCGAAAGAGUUCUCGGACGACGAUGGAAACACCAUGACUAUCAGCGAUCAAAUCACAUAUAUGUUGGGUGUUUCUAGCAGUGUUAUUGCACUAACCUUCCUAUUCUCACUCAGCUCCUGGGUGCGCUCCGCAGUGUGGUAUGUGUACAAGCGCGCUACGACCGCCCUAUUCGUUCAUACAAAGCUGUAUCAACGAUACUUGGACAUCCAGAAGCCAAGCAGUGAACUUCGUCUUGAAGCUCGGACGAAGACGGAAAAGCUGAAGAAAAGAGAGAGAGAGGCUCGUCUUGUUCGAAGAGCAGAAAAGGCUACGGAAAAAGAGAUUAGAGGCAUAAAUGGCAAUUUUGCGCAAAACGGAGUAGUUGACACUGUGGGAGACAACCCAUUUGCUCGUACUAAGUGGUGGGACCGUAUGGGCGACGAGGAAAACGGAGGUUGUCGAUGA